GCCGCGGUAGCCAUCUUUCAGUAACUCGCCAAAAUGACAAACACAAAGGGAAAGAGGAGGGGCACUCGUUAUAUGUUCUCUAGGCCCUUUAGGAAACAUGGAGUUGUUCCUUUGGCCACGUACAUGCGAAUCUACAAGAAGGGCGAUAUUGUAGACAUCAAGGGAAUGGGCACUGUUCAAAAAGGAAUGCCCCAUAAAUGUUACCAUGGCAAAACCGGAAGAGUCUACAAUGUCACCCAGCAUGCUGUGGGCAUCAUUGUAAACAAGCAAGUUAAGGGCAAGAUUCUUGCCAAGAGAAUUAAUGUGCGGAUUGAACACAUCAAGCACUCGAAGAGCAGAGACAGCUUCCUGAAGCGGGUGAAGGAGAACGACCAGAAGAAAAAGGAAGCCAAAGAGAAGGGCACCUGGGUUCAGCUGAAGCGCCAGCCUGCUCCACCCAGAGAAGCACACUUUGUGAGGACUAACGGGAAGGAGCCUGAGCUGCUGGAGCCCAUUCCCUACGAAUUCAUGGCCUGAUGUACAAAAAGAAAUAAAAGACCUGGACUGUAAAGGUUUUUUCUUAAGUUGAA